GGGUUUUCUCUCAGCUGAACGCGUGGGGAGGCGCAGAGGCUUCUUCUGCGGCGAAACUGGGAAGAAAACGGAGGAGAUCAACAGGGAGCCAAAGGCAGAAGAACCUUGUACGCUUGAACAGAAGGGCUGUGUUCACAAGGAGGUUUGUCAGUAAAAAUUGGCUUCCUUCUGGUCUUCUGCUCUGUACCUCAAAAAACAACGAACACCUUGGCACAGCACCUGAAGACGUGUUUGGGACAUUAGCUUGAAGAUGGCGUCGUGCCUUUAUGAAUGCCUUUGUGAGGCAGAACUUGAAAAAUAUUAUCCCCAUUUUGCUGCCUUUGGCCUUCAGAAGAUUGAUGAGCUUGCCAAGGUUUCCAUGAAAGACUAUACCAAACUAGGGGUACACGACAUGAAUGAUCGCAAACGACUCUUUCAGCUCAUUAGAAUAAUCAAAAUUAUGCAAGAAGAUGAAACUGUAAGAGACUUGAGCAAGCAAGAUUUCCAACCAAGUGGCCUUUUCAUUCAGCCUCGGGUGACUAGAUCGGGUCCCCGUAGACAGCUGCGUUUUGAGUCCUUCUUUGAGGAAAAUGAUGGAACGGUUAAAGACUCUGAGCCGGAAUCAUAUGGUCCAUCUGAUUUCAGUGCCAAUGAGGAGAAGAACAGUCUUGUGGAGCUGUUGGGACACACUCAGACACACGAUUCAGAGCUGAUCAGAUUAACCAGAAGAGAGGUAAAUGCUCCUGGAAUAUGCACAAAAAGUGAACUGAGCUGCACAACAGUUUCUGAUGAUAUCGCUCCUCUCCUGGGGGAUUCUGAAACUCCCAUCAUCCAGAGAGUAACUCACAUUUCAGGGUAUAAUUAUGGACUACCUCAUUCCUGUAUCAGAUCCAGUACCUCAGAGAAAGAGACUCCAUGGACAGAGAGUGAGAAAAUCAGAGUGUGUGUCCGAAAACGUCCCCUAGGCCUAAGAGAGGAGCGACGUGGGGAGGUUAAUAUCAUCACGGUGAAAGACAAGGAAACCCUGCUUCUUCAUGAGAAGAAGGAGGCAGUUGAUCUUACUCAAUACAUCUUACAGCAUGUUUUUUAUUUUGAUGAAGUCUUUGGGGAGUCAUGUACCAAUCACGAUGUGUAUAUGAAGACAGCUCAUCCUCUCAUUCAGCAUAUUUUUAACGGAGGCAAUGCAACCUGCUUUGCAUAUGGGCAGACUGGUGCUGGCAAGACUUACACUAUGAUAGGUACUCACCGGAACCCAGGACUCUAUGCCUUGGCUGCCAAGGACAUCUUCAGACACCUGGAAGCGUCACAGUCAAGGAAGGAUCUACUUGUUUUGAUCAGCUUUUAUGAAAUCUACUGUGGACAGCUUUAUGACCUGCUAAACGGAAGGAAGAGACUUUUUGCAAGAGAAGAUAGUAAACAUGUUGUUCAAAUAGUUGGACUCCGGGAGGUCCAGGUGGACUCUGUAGAUCUACUGUUGGAGGUGAUUUUGAAGGGAGGGAAAGAACGUAGCACAGGAGCUACUGGAGUCAACUCAGAUUCCUCUCGAUCUCAUGCUAUCAUCCAAAUCCAAAUUAAAGACACGGCCAACAGGACAUUUGGAAGGAUAUCAUUCAUUGACUUGGCUGGCAGUGAAAGGGCAGCUGAUGCCAGAGACUCAGAUCGACAAACAAAAAUGGAAGGAGCAGAAAUAAACCAAAGUCUUUUAGCACUAAAGGAAUGCAUUCGGGCCCUGGAUCAGGAGCAUGCACAUACACCUUUCCGGCAAAGCAAAUUAACUCAGGUACUAAAGGAUUCUUUCAUUGGCAAUUCCAAGACAUGUAUGAUAGCCAAUGUAUCACCUAGCCACAUAGCUACAGAGCAUACCUUGAACACUUUACGAUAUGCUGACAGGGUCAAAGAGCUGAAGAAAGGGAUUAAAUGUUCUACCCCUGUCACAAACAGAUGUCGGACAGCUGGAAACAUAUCUCCAAAACGUGUCCAAAACUCUCCCUCCUUGCCACCUGGAGAAAAGAGCUCUCCAAAGAAAGUGAAGCUAGGUCUCCAGCACCCUUCAAGUGCUACAAAAACAAAGACGUGUCCUCCAGCACUCCAGCCACCCGGUGUCCCUUUUACCUCUACUCCCAAGGGAGUCAACAAAGGACAUGCCUACAAAGGAAGUCCCAGCUCACUAUGGUUCCACCACACUAGUCCAGUUAAAGGAUUCUUACGGAUAGGACAUCCCCUGAAGAAGAAAACUGAUGAUCUGUCCCCUUUCUCUGAAAAGAGUCCCACUGCGAAGGAUUUUAUCAUCAAAAACACUGCCACGGCAGAGACAAAAGAGAGUGGCCAAAGAGAUAAGUACAUGCAAGACAGACCGCCUGUCCAGUGCCUGAAAGUCCAGACAGUGCAACCUGUGCAGAAACAGCUUGUUUCUAGAGAUGAUUUUUCCUUUGGAGACAGAAAUCUGCCUUCUGACGGCAGGCAGGAAUGGGGAAACGCCUUUGCUAAACAGUGCGUUGAAACCUGGACAAAUCUGUCUCCGUUUCAGAAGGAAAGGGAGGAGCAUUUACGCCUUUAUCACCAGCAAUUUCAGCAGCCACCUAUUCUACAGCACAAACUGAACUACCAGCCCCUUGAGAGGUUUUUAACACAAUAUAAGCCCCAGGAGAUUGAAGUGAAGGAGGAGCUGAGCCUUACACCCACAGAAGCACAGAGCAAAGACGGGAUGCAGCUGGAAGAACUUGAUGACAGUGAUUUUAGUGAAGAUUCUUUCUCACCUGUCUGCAGUCAAAAGAAUGUGAAGAGAAGAAACACCAACAAAUGCAGUAAACAUUCAUUUUUCCUUCAUCAAAGAGAACAAGGAACUGAAGAAGAGCAAAAAGGCCCAAAGCGUCAGGAUUUAUUUUUUAAAUAUGCAUUGCACUCGCAAGAACAUGAACUAGAGGACAGCUGGGAUUGUAGCGAGGGCAGCCCAGAGAUGGAGGAAUCCAUUAAAAAUGCAAGCUGCAGCAAAACUCCAUCAGACUGGAGCUAUGACUUAGCUAUGGAGUCCUCCUCAAGCAAUACUGCGGAAAAACCUUGCUGCUUACAAGAAGAUUCUGCUUGUAACUGGAAAAAUAGCCAGGAUUUCCUGGCUGAUGACAAACAGUACAAAUCCAAACACAGGUGUCCAGUUUACUCCACUGAAGUCACCUUGACUCCAGAAAAGGAUACUUCAAACUCAUAUACUUCUCCUGUAUUGAAAUCGGGAACACCAGAGUGCAAAGAGAUUCUCCUCCAGCGUGAGGAGAAGGAAGAAUCUGCUCUGGAUGGACAGUCUGCCCUUGCAGGAGACAUUAAAUGGAAAGCUAGAAAAAACAAUGUUAACUGUUGUGGAUCUUCCAGUUGUCCCUCAGAAUUCACACCUGAGCUUGUGGCCCCUCUCCCGGUACCCCUUCUUGACUAUGAGGAAACAACAGAUGCAGAAAACGUCCCUUCUAACCAAGAAAAGUCCCCCCGUGUGAAACAGAUGUUGUGCAGGAGCAUACACAGGUCCCAGAAGAGGUUUGAGGAGGAGGCCUGGCAGUGCACCAGAAGCAGAGCUCUGACAGACAGCAUGCUGGAGCUGGGCGAGCAAGUGCGUCGUGGUGGAAGACACUGCGCCCUGCAGCGCUGCCCCCAGGCAGGGGACAGGUGGCUCCCUCCUGGCUGCUGUGAUGUGAAGCUGUGCUGCUGCCUUCUGGGCUCAGGUUCAUCAAAUCCAGGAGUCCUUCCCAGCUCCCUCGUUGGAAAUGACCUGGCAGAAGCAUCCACAGCUGAAUGCACAGAAUCCAGGGGAGAGAGAGAGGGUGCUUUGUUUCCCAGUGACAAAAAGUGCAAGGAGUACUCAGAUGGCAGACAGUGUGACACUGAUGUUAAAGGGAAUACCAUUAAUUCAGGAAGACCUAACUCAAAUCAAAUGAAUGUUGAGCCUUGGGAAAUAAAUGCUGAGAUACCUGAAAAGAGCUUUUUUUCAGGUGCAUCAUGCUUACUCACUGGGGGAAAUACAGAUUAUGCAGUCCAGUCCCCCUCUCAAGAAAGCAGCCUGCUGCAGCCCAAGUCAGGACUGAGAAACGAGGACCUCAGUCGUUCUGAAGAGCCAGCCAAGUCAUCGUUCAGCAGUGAGGAAAUGGGGUUGCUUAAGAGCAAAUUGAUGCAGACUAUUUUUACACAAGAGGCUUUUGUUGCAGAUUCAGGAUCUGCAACUAAAGAUACUAAGCCAUUAGCAAACACAAACAGUCCCUCCAACAUCAGCUCUCCAAGUGGUGUAUCUGAGGUGGGAAAAUGGCAGAAGGAGGCCCUAGAAAAGGCACAGUAAGUCUUGCUCUUCGCUAAAGUUUGUCAUGAAGCUUAGAAAAUCUAGACAUACUGGGUGGAUCUGCCCUCAUUUGGGUAUCAUGCUCAUAUGCACUUUAAAAACUGAUGGGAGAUCAAUCUAUGAAAUAAUUAUUUAAUACGAUUAAUGAUGAUUUAUACUCAUUAUCUUGUAUAAAUAGAUGAUUG